AUGGACAGCAAGAAGGUCACAAUAACUUAUACCGACGAAUUUGAUCUUUGGCAGUAUGUUGCCGAAGGCUUUCCUACACAUCUCCCACUGCGAAAUUUACAAUGGAAAUCUGCGAAUAGACCUCUUCGUACUAUACAUACCUUGGGUGUGGAGCUUAAGCGUCUUACGCCUGAUACUGGAGAAAAGCAGCACCAACUGCCUGCCUCACUCCUCGAAAAGCCAUAUUUGAAUUUAUAUUUCGUGAGUUGUGACGAUAACGAAACAUAUCGACAAACAGUUAAAAAACAAAUUCGUGACUGGUUAACCAUUGUCUCUUCUAAAAAAAAUCAAGAAUGGUUGAUUGAACAGUUUUCGACAAAAUUAAAGCAGAUUUUAAUACAAACAAACGCGACAGGCACAUGCGUCUAUUUAAGACUAUCAGAUAAUGAUUCGGAGGAUUUAGAAGCUUGGCAAGAUACAAUAUCAAAAAUUAAAGAAGGGAUACUCAGUAGUUUUGAUCAGCAUGUAAUGCAAUAUGAAGAUGAUAUACGUCGAUUUGACGCGCAGAGAACAAAGCCUGGUUGGAAUUAUUGUACGUUUUUUAUUUGGAAGGAAGGAUUAGCGCAAUCUUUUGAAAUAAUGAAUUUACAUGAAGAUGCUUUACUCCAGUAUGAUGAAUUAGAGGCUUCGUUUUUCCAGGUGCUGAAAGGUGUGGCGGUCAAAUUUGGUACGGGGAAAGAGUGUGAAUAUAACGAGGUUGGGACUAUAUCGAAUAGGGCGUUAGCAUGGUUUGGUCAUUUUGGUGGAAAAGAACCCAAAGAUGACAGUGCCAAAAUUUUAGACGUUAAAAAAAAACCAUAUCGUGAUCUUAUAAUGCAAAACGAGAUAUCCGUGUUCGAUUUUCGGAAUUAUCUAUUUGCACGACAAUGUCAGUUAUUGGGUAGAUUGCAUAGACCUAUUGAAAUUUGUCGACGUGCGCAAAUAUUUAUUUCGUCAUUUGCGCGGUCGAUCAACGACAGCAAGGAAAGUAUAGGAAAGUACUUUUUGGAAUCGUGGAUAUAUUCGUCGUGUAUGAGUGUUGUAGACGAAUGUGAAGAAUUGGCGCCGUCUAAUGAUUUUGAAGAGGAGGCGUUGAUUGCUUUUAAUACUUCAAAAGGCGAGUUACUCGAUCUCGCUAGGAAACAGCUUGACAAAUUGGGAAUAUACUACGGACAUUUACCAUCGGAUAUCCCUUUUAUAACGGCUUUGAGUCAUUUCCCCUCGUCUCAAUUGAAUAAUCAUGAUGAGGAAACUACAAAGGCGCCUGUAAUUACAAAUGCAGAUUUAGUGACUGCUCUCCAAUCGGCAGAAUCCUUCGAUAUUCUUUAUUUGCGAAUAACAAACAGAGCACUAAGAGCCUAUGAAGCAAGCACUCGUACCCGAAGUUUAUUGCGAUUACAAGGCGAUGUUGCCGCUCUGCAAUUUCAUCGUCAAAUUUAUAGUGAUGCUGCUACACUAAUGGAAAAGUUACCGUGGUGUUAUGGGGAACAUGGUUGGUCCGUAAUUGAAAAUAGUCUUUUGACUAAAUAUGCCGCGUGUUUAAAAGAACUGGGUCAUAUCAAAAAAUAUCCUUUUCCUGUUUGGCAUAAUCACGCGUUAUUGACUAAAGAACAGGCUAUAUUUUAUGGAGAAGAAUUAAAGGAACUUUCGGUUACUUUGGAGACUGAGGUCGCAAGACCACUCAGACCGAUGUUUGCAGUUCUAGCAACAUCAAUAGUCGACCAUAUCACUAAUGAUGAACCUUAUUUAAAAGUUCAACUCAAAAACAAUUUGUUAACGACAUUUACUUUUGAUCAACUCGCAGUUCGACUCGUCAGCGGAGAAAACGAUGAAAUUUGGUUUGUAAUUAGAGACGAGGCACUCAAACCUGGAAUUAACACAUAUCAUCUUUAUUCAGAUACGACAGCAUGUGGAAGUUAUGUAGUCGAAAAUUGUCGUAUGAAUAUUGGAAAAAUUAUAUUCACACAUAAUUUCCUAAACGAAGGCAGAAAAAGAGCUUUUAGAAUAAAUGAUCAUCCAGCCAUUUUAAGAGCUCAAGUUGUUGCUCCUACUGAAAUUCAUAUUGGUGAACAACAGUAUUUCAUCGCGCGAGUAUUUACUGGUCUAAAGAGUGUCGAAGAGGGCACAUUAAUUCUUAAGCCGAUUUCUGAAGGAUUAUCUUUUCCCUCACAAUCUACGUAUCAUGCUGUGAUCAAGUCUGUGGUUGAUGACACGAUAUCCGAUGAAAUUAUAAGCGAAGAGGAAUUGGAACUUACUGAAUUUGGAAUACGGAUACCUGCAAAUGAACCAAAUCGAAUAAUCUUAUUGAAAAUCCCAUAUGACUGUAAUUGGGGUUCAAUAGAGCAUAAAGUUAAAAUUUCGGUGGAAUAUGCAAGUGAUGGGAAAUCACGUGUUUUCUCAUCGAUCGACACGGUAAAGGUGUGGUUACCUUUUUCUGUUACAGAAUUUCAUAUAUUUCGUGAUGACUGUCUAUACUUAAAAAUGGAUAUCACAUCGAAUGGAUCAUUACCCGUUCGGAUAUUAUCCACUACUUUACUCCCCUCAAAAAUGUAUAAUGUCGUAGAUAACGCAGCGCAGACAGAGUCAACCAUGAUUUUAUUUCCAAAACAACAUGCAUCCUUUGUAUACAAAUUAUCCAGGAAAGAACAUAAUUUAUUACAACACUUGACAUUCGUCACGGACAAUGUAAAUGAACAAUUACUGCAAAAUGCGGACUAUCAUUGGUAUGGAAUGUCUGAUGAAUUAGAUCUUGGUGAAUUUGAGUCGACACAAUGUGAACGAAUUUUUAAUAGUCACGGAGAUUCUAAAAAGUCAUUGGUGAACGUUGUCGCAGGGUUUUGGAAGGAGUAUAACCGAAUCCAUAAAGAUGAUGUUACCAAAUUAGCAACGGAACUCAAAUCCGAAAUAUCUUUCCCUAUUGAUGUGCCAUUAUCAAAGGUUCUGAAUACUGUUGAGCUUAUAAUUACAAAAUCGAAUCAACUGGUAGUUGGAGAACCGUGUCAUUGUCAUUUGAUAAUUCAACAAUCGUCGUAUUGGAAUUACCCACCGCCUGGUGAAGACAAAGAUAAACCACUGGAAUUCUUUUAUGACGUACACGUCGAUUUCGAUAAUUGGUUAUUAUCUGGACACAAAAAAUUCUGCUUUAAAUCCAAGGUUGGAGAAAUACAAAAGUUUUUCAUCACGUUAGUUCCCCUUAAAACCGGUCAUUUGUUGGUGCCCACUAUUCGAAUCUCAAGUCUUUCGUCAAAAAUCUUCUCAGAGACCGUUUACAUUAAUAAUGCGCAACAAGUUCUCGUUCGCCCUCGUGCGCAAUCUGCGACCUUCUUCAUUGAACAACAACAUCGUAUUCACCCUGUUAAUGCUGGCGUGUUUGGUGGGCCAGGACAUCAUCAUCUACCCAGCGAUGGAUACGAUGAUGUGGAAUAUUAA